GCGAGAACGAGACUUUGAGCGAGAUUUCACAAAGGUGAAGGUAAAGAGUAUACGUGACCCCCCCGUUCCGGUAGUUUUGAAGGACAGACCAUCCACAAUGUUGAGGAUAAUUCAGAAAAGCCGUGUCCAACAGGGAGUCCGUGCUGUGACUAACUCCAUGUUUUCCACAUCCUCGACAGCUGCUAAAUCUGCAUCAGAAGCACCUCUACCGGAGGUACCUAGUUACAAUAGUAUGAAUGAGCUCGCCCAGGCAGCAAAGUUUGGCAUGGUCCCAAGUAAAGGAAGAUAUGCAAAAUAUGUAAUAGGAGAGCAGAAACGCUGUUUGCAAUGGAAAUGGGAAAACCCUGAUGGCUGUGUCCAUCAGAGUUCUAGAUUUGAAGAUAGGCUGAUGUACUCCAUCCUGGGAUUUUUGAUCUUCUAUUCUGUUCUGGAAUAUUGGGGAGCUACCGCUAUGAAGACAAAUGCCAUCAAAUACAAUAGAAAGUCAAGCUAAAAUAUGCUAGAUCUUUUAAAGAAGAACAAGCAGCAUCCAAAUCAAGUUUCUAAAGGAUGCCCAUUGAAAUAACUUUAGACAACCAGAAAAGGCAAAAAUAUUACAAAUACAGUUUAUUGUAAAUUUGCCUUGUAUUGUUUUGUGUUUUCCUGUAUAUUUGCAGAAAUAAUUAAAAAAUAAUAUUGUAACAAAA